GGAUGGACCUUUGGUCUGACCCAGAGGUCUGGCCAUUCUUAUGUCCUUACGUUAUGUUCUAAAGAGGAUGCCUCAGUCUCCAUGCCUAUUCAGUCCUUGACGCCACUCCUGAGACCGUUAGCAAGGGUGCCAGUUAGUGCCAGUCACUGUGGUGAUCUUAAUGCUGUUCUGUAGGAACUAGAAUGAAAUCACCAAUACAUUUCACAUAGGACAUUGAGCAGCCAGUAUUUGUUUACUACUAACCUGCGCCAGUUUUGAACUGGAAGUGAAAGGGCUCUAUACAGUAGCGUCUUUCUUAAAUAAAAGGUUAAUUGAAAAUAUUUUGCUUCAUAACGAGUGUCACAUACUUUAAAGUUCUCUCUAACAACGGAAGAAAAUUAUUGCCUUGUAAAGUGUCACUGUUUUUUAAACUGUGCCAUAACCCAUACUUUCCUCUCUCAUUUCUUUCCAGAGGGGUGAGCUACAAUGUGCACUGGGAAGUGUUCAAAGUGCAUUGGGGUCGUGUUGUUCCCAUUAGCUGUCUGUGCCAUAAUCUCCAAUCUUCUCCUGUAUUUCCCCAAUGGAAAUGUUACAGACCCCGACAAGAUAACUGAUUUGGUUUGGUUUUUCCAUGGCAUUCUUGGAGCUGGGAUACUGGUUAUUUUGCCAGCAUUUAUGAUGCUGGGCGCAGGUGGAGCUGGAUGUUGCGCUAACAGAUGUGGGAUGCUGCUCUCUGUGUUGCUGGCUGUACUGGGAGCUGCAGGAGGGGUAUAUUGUGUGGUCAUCUCAUCCUUGGGAUUGAUUAGUGGGCCUCUUUGUGACACUGGUGAUGGAGACUACAUCUACCCUUUCAGGAAUGACACAUUGACAGACAAUUAUUUGUUUAAUCAGACAACAUGGAGCAUUUGCAAAAAACCUGAAAAUGUUAUUAUGUGGAAUAUUGUCUUGUUCUCUCUUCUCUUGGGGAUUGGUACAAUUGAAGCUGUUCUUUGCUUUAUUCAAGUCAUCAAUGGACUUAUUGGAUUCAUAUGUGGCACAUGCAUGAGGAAAAGAAAGACACAUAUUGCUGGAAUGUAAAUCACCUACAAAGAAUGCUAGUGACAAGCAUAGAUCUGCGGGGAUUCAUGUAUAAUCAUAAUGUGUUGUGCUAUAUUUGUGGGGACAGAGGGAACCCGAGAUGUUCAGGACUUUCAGAACAACUCCAGAAUAUUUUAUAAAGAUAUCUGGAUGGGAGGGGGUGGAUUAUCUAGAACUUUUGAAGUCAAAGAUUCUUUUUUGUCUCCUCUAAGUACCCAGGCUAAGUCUCGUACUGGCAACGUAAUGCUGUCUUUUCAGGAGUGCCUGGCAUAUAUAAACAUUCAAUCACAAACAUUCUCCAAUUAAAAUUCACUGCUUACCCCGCAAGUGCUGCCCUGUGUAGCAAGCAUGUCACUUUGAAGUGCUGGCUGUAGUAUAUGGGAAUUUGGACUGAAUGUAUUAAUUGUCAAUAUAAAGAUUUAUCAACUGAACUCAACCACACUGGUUGGAUGUCUAAAGAUGCUCAUUAAUGCUCCCCAAACCCUGUCCUGGCCCUGUGUAAAACUGGAAUGGAUUCUCUGGCAGUGCUCUGUCUAUGUUUGCAGUGUCGUUGUAACCAUAUUGGUCCCAGUAUAUUAGAGAGACAAGGUGA